AUGGAUUGGUAUAAGACUUACGGCAAAACCCACGGGUUUUAUGAAUGGGGAGCACCUAUACUAACGGUGUCCGACCCGGAGCUCAUCAAACAGAUUCUGGUGAAAGACUUUUACAAAUUCCGUAACCGACGGCCAGUGCCGGGCAAAGGGACCGGUGUUUUCUCAAAGACAAUGCUCACAGCGAGGGACGACCACUGGAAACGGAUCCGAGCCAUAGCUAGUCCCACAUUCAGCUCAUAUAAAUUGAAACGCUUGUACCCACUCAUCGACGAGUGUUGCCGCGACUUCUUGGCCGCACUCGACAGAGACGUGUCCACCGGUCAGACGGAAGUGGACUUAAAGCGAGUGAUGGGCGCCUAUAGUAUGGAUGUGAUCGCCAGCACUGCGUUCGCCACCAAAACCCACCCCUAUUUCGAUGCCAGCAAUCCGUUUGUGAUGAAAGCCAAUCGCGUGAUGACAAUCGUAUUCUCACUCAUAACGUGGCAGACAUUUGUGGCAAUGAUUUUACCCACUUGUCUGACCAAAACCCCGGUGUGGAAACGGCUGGCCAAAGGGGUCCAAUCAAACGCCAUGUUUUUCAUUGAUGUCAUACAACGGCUGAUGUCUGAGCGCAAGAAGUCGGGCAAAAAACGCAAUGAUUUUAUGCAGUUAUUAAUGGACGUUAAGAGAGAGGACAACAUGACUACGGGUGCGGACUCUGUGGCCACCGAUGCUAUGUCUGGACAUCACGUGAACGAAGGCGUCGACGAACUGAUGGCAGAAAAACAGGCGUUGAGUGGAGUCGUGGAGAAGAAGUUAACCGAAGCCGAGAUCAUCGCUCAAUGCCUACUAUUUUUUGUGGCCGGUUAUGAGACAACGGCCACAACUCUG